UAAAACUGCGGCAUAAGUCAGUGGUGCGGCGUACACGUUCGCAGUGCCUAGUUUGUUAUUAUAUUGCGGUGUUCGCGUAGUGUUCGGUUAUUUUUAUGCGUAGUUACAUCCGUCGCGUUUAGUAUAUUUUCAUUUUUACGAGUGAUUAUUUCAAAAAGACAUUAGAGCUCGUUGAAAUGGGUCGUUCCAGAUCCAGAACAAAAUCUCCUAGUAGGCGGCGUCAUAAGAGUAAGCAUUCAAGGAAACGCUCGAAAUCACGUGAGAAGCACUCGAACAACAAGUACUCUGACAAACCAAAGGAACGUAGUUCAAAGUCAAGGAAACGAUCCCAUUCUGCAUCUUCUAGUUCAGGCACAGAUGCUUCGGAUGAUGUACACAUUGUCAGUCAUAAGAAACGUUCAUAUAGAGACAGGGAUCGCAAAAUGGAUGAGGUAGAGAGAUUAGCAGAAAUGGAGCGUCAAAGGAAAAAGAAAGAAUUAUCGAACAAAAUCUUCACCGCAAGUGCAGUUGGAAGGCAACGUGAAGUUGAACAAAAAAUGGUCGAAGAAGAAGCUGCCAAAAGAAUAGAAGAGCUAGUGCAGAAGAGGGUGGAGGAGGAACUAGAGAAACGUAAAGAGGAAAUAGAAGCAGAAGUACAAAGGAGAGUAGAAGAAGCUAAAAGGGCUAUGGAGCGUCAAAUGAUGGAGGAAAUGGAAUGGAGACAAGCAAAGCUUCGUGAGGAGGAGAAACGAAGAGAGGAGGAAGAGCGGAAGAAGCGCGAGGAACUAGAGAGGAUCAUGGAGGAGAACAACAGAAAAAUAGAGGAAGCUCAGAAGAAACUGGCUGAGGAAAGAUUGGCCAUGGUCGAACAACAACGUUUGAUGGAAGAAGAAAGGCAAAGAAUGAGGAAAGAACAUGAAAAACGUGUUAAAGAGGAACAAAAGAAAAUCCUCGGGAAGAACAACUCGAGGCCUAAAUUGUCCUUUACGCUAAAGCCAGUUACGUGAGUCUGUCUCAUUUCGUGCAGUUUUACAUGUGAUAUUUAUACAUCUUGUCGGUUUUGGAAUCAUUCAUAUUCCGCAAGAACAUUCAUCAUUAGCUGCGCGUACAUAUGUACAUAAAUUAUGCAGCAACAAGAUCCAAAGCUCACCCGAAUGUAUUUGCGAUAACCAUCGAAAUCCGGCAAUGUUGAAUUGUUUUAUUUGAUUGUGAUGAUCACACGUACGUCAGAAUUGAAUAAUUAAUUCUAUACUUGCCAGAUUUCGAAGCCCGAUACAGAUGGGAUCUUACUUGCUCGAGACUACACCGAUGUCAAUACAGAAAAGCACUUCUUUUAUGCAGGAACAUAAUCCACAUAAUCCACGUACAAGUUGUAAAUUUUUUUACGUAAUAGCGAUAAAAAUCUGUACAGGUUUGCUUGAUCUGUUUGACGAAAGUGUGGUCUAGCCUAGUUAGGUGUGUUCUACAAAUUGCAGAUGCAGUUUAUACAAUGCCGUUUCUUCAUAAUUGUAUUAUACAGAAAAUAAUUUUAUUUCAGUUAGAUAUAAUGAAACAAGAAUCAUAUUUAAAGCAUUCGCGUUUUCAAACUCGAUGGCAGUUGGUAAUUUUCAGACGGUCACAUUAUGAACACGACCAAAUAGAUUUUGUAAUUAAACACAAGUGCAUAAAUGAAUUUUCUACAAGAAUAGAUAACUAUUGUGCAUCUGUAGCACUUAAUACACAAAUCAGUUACGAGGAGAUAGUAACAGGAGAGCUAGUUUUUUUUUUUUUUCUAGUACGUUAAACCGAAACGUUAUGGAUUGUGCAUAUGUCUAGAGUUUGGACAGAAUUUGUUCUGUCAGUAAAAGAAAAGUAAAGUAAAACUGUUCUUUUCUAAUCAAAAUUAAAGUAAAAAUAAUGCCAAUGAAAAGACAAAUGACAUGUUGAAUGGAUUAUUUUGUACGUGUCAAAACGUAUGAAUGCAGCCAUGAACAAGUAUAUCUUGUACGCAAUCGUGUAUAGAUGUGUAUUAAUAUAACGAGAAAAACAUCUGUUCAUAUAGGAUUGUAUACCCACAACAUUGUUACUUGUAAAAUAAACACGU